GGGGGCAAGCAGCCGCGCGAGACGAGCUACACGAGCAGAGAGAACCAGCAACGGAGUCGAAGAAGAGCCGAGGCGAAGCUGAGACGACGCAGCGCGCACAGAGCAGUCAGAUAGGUGGCCGUGAGAAGUGUUCGCAGACGCGUAAUCAGUUAUGGUGCGGGCUUAAGUUGCUACUGCUGCUGGUGCUGCUCGAGAGAAAGAGAGAAACUACUGCCAUGGCCAUGAGUCGACACGGCGUGAGAGCCAAGCUGUGGGCUCUGGUUAUCAUGGCCAACGCUUUCGCCUGGCUCAUCACCGGUGCCGAGUCCGCGGCGUGCCAUGGCUGCUCUCCGGGGUCUAAAUGUGACUGCAGCGGAGUGAAAGGAGACCGGGGAGACAGGGGCCUUCCUGGGCUGCAGGGGCCUUCAGGCCUUCCAGGAUUUCCGGGGCCUGAGGGGCAGCCGGGCCUGAGGGGUCCCAAGGGCGACAGUGGAGACUCUGGCCCGUAUGGACCAAAAGGAAAUCGCGGUGCACCAGGAAUGCCAGGAUUUCCUGGGACACCGGGUAUUCCGGGUUUGCCGGGACAAGAUGGCCCUCAAGGGCCUCACGGUAUCCCAGGAUGCAAUGGGACUAAGGGAGAGAGAGGAUAUCCUGGCGGUCCGGGAUUACCAGGAUUACUGGGCCCAGCGGGAAUACCGGGACUGCCAGGCAUGAAGGGCGAUCCUGGAGAGUUCUUUUCUUCGUUUCCGGGGCAGAAGGGCGACGCUGGUUUUCCUGGAAUUCCGGGGCAGCCCGGGCAGCCUGGGAGCUCAGGACUGCCAGGACCAUUUGGGCCACCUGGACAAAGAGGUUUUCCUGGCCCAUCUGGUCAACCCGGGUCCCCUGGCCCAAAGGGUUCCAUGGGUUUGAAUUUUGAAGGACAGAAGGGUGAAAAGGGUAGCACCGGACCCGCAGGCCCUCCGGGGCCUCCUGCAGGGCCGCCCGCGCAGGAAAAGCCGCCGGAGGGAGUAUUUUACAAAGGCAAUAAGGGAGACGCUGGACCCCCUGGUUUUCCAGGCAGGGAUGGUCUCCAAGGUCCUCCGGGUAUGCCCGGGUUUGGAUUGUCAGGCGAAAAAGGAGAGCCGGGGGAGGCUGGAAAACGCGGGAAGCCUGGAAAAGAUGGAGACCCCGGCCUUCCGGGUUUGGAAGGUCAGCCAGGGACACCUGGAUUUCCUGGAAACCCUGGUUUCGAUGGACAGAAGGGUUCAAAAGGAGACCCCGGUUUGCAAGGGCCCCCUGGCCAGGUUAUUGGCCAACCACCUCCACAUGGGUUUGGGUCCAAAGGUGACCCAGGAUUCCCGGGCGCACCGGGAGACAAAGGAGAACCUGGUUUUACAGGUAAAUGCAUUGAUCCACCUGGGUUGAACGGUGCACCGGGUCCCCCAGGUAUCACGAUACAGGGCCCUCUGGGGCCACCAGGGAUUUCGGGAGAAAGGGGCCAGAAGGGUGACCCGGGACCCCCAGGACAAAGCUUCCCAGGGCAGCAGGGCCAGGAUGGGCAGCCUGGGUCUCCUGGUCCACAGGGGCAGCCGGGUCUCCCUGGCGCCCCGGCCGUGGUCACCCCUGGUCUUCCCGGGCGAGGAUUACCAGGCCCGCCUGGCCCAAUGGGACCGAAAGGCUUCUCUGGAGAGAGGGGACAUAAAGGCGACAAAGGCGACACGUGCCGGGACUGUUUCGGAGGAGUGGGGCCCGGUCGCCCAGGGUUACAGGGACCUCCCGGUCCCCCUGGCAUGCGAGGUUUCGACGGUAUUCAAGGUAACCCAGGCCUGAAGGGAGACAGAGGGUUUCCUGGCAACCCAGGAUCUCCAGGUUCGCGAGGAUUUCCCGGGGAGUCAGGCCCCCAGGGGCCCCCAGGAAUAAAAGGGGACCCUGGAGACGCACUGGGCCUGCCUGGGCUGAAGGGAGACAAGGGCGACUCGGGUUUCGGGUCUCCUGGGCCUGCUGGGCUUGAGGGUCGCCCUGGUGUGGACGGGCGGCCUGGGAACCCCGGUGCUAAGGGCGACCCUGCUCCGUUUGGCGUGAAAGGCGAACGCGGCCCACCAGGAGACCAUGGCCAGGCCGGCCUGUCUGGGGAGAGAGGGCAGCCUGGCUUGCCUGGUUUCGGGCCCCCAGGAUACCAGGGGAUGAAGGGAGUCCAAGGGGUGCCUGGUCGAUCCGGCCCGCCCGGCCCACCAGGUGUGAAGGGGGAGCCGGGAAAGACAAUGUCGGAGCCAGGACAACCUGGACCUCCUGGUUUGCCUGGAUCACAUGGAUCCCCUGGCUCUCCAGGCAGCUCGGGCAUCCCUGGGUCCGCUGGAUUGCCAGGGUUGCAAGGGGCGAAAGGCGACGCGGGCCUGCCGGGAUUUGGAUCUCCUGGACCAUCCGGUCCGAAGGGUAACCAAGGCAACCCAGGGUUGCCAGGACAGCCAGGAGGAUCUGGGCGCCCCGGACAAGACGGAUUCCCGGGGAGCCCCGGACAGCCCGGACUAAAGGGUGAUGGAGGCGUUGGUUCCCCGGGCCCCCGUGGGCCUCCGGGAUCUCCUGGCCUCGACGGACUGUCCGGUUCCAAGGGAGACAGCGGCUUCCCCGGCCUGCCGGGGCAACCGGGCAGGCCAGGUCUCGACGGCGUGCCGGGAACCAAGGGAGACGCCGGGAAUCCGGGAUUGCCCGGUCGCCCGGGAGCCCAGGGCCCCCCUGGACAGGGAUUCCCAGGAGCUCAAGGUCCCCCAGGACCUCCGGGACAAGUUGGACCUGAAGGUUCACUAGGGUCGAAGGGAGACAAGGGAGACUACGGAGCCCCAGGAUUGAACAUGCCGGGACCUCCGGGAGACAGGGGCAACCCUGGUUUCCCCGGCACACCCGGUGGCAUUGGAUCACCAGGAUCGCCGGGACAGCCGGGAAGGAAUGGCUUCCCAGGCACACCAGGUUCCAAAGGAGACAUGGGAGUCAUGGGGACACCUGGGUCCUCUGGUCCUCCUGGUCCUUUUGGGCAGAUCGGCCCACCGGGACCCAGAGGCAACGAGGGGCAGCCUGGCCUGCCGGGUGAACCGGGCGACUUGGGCUUCAAGGGAAACAAAGGCGAUCCUGGCAUCCCCGGCCCAUCCGUCCCCAUUGGCACUGUGACAACGAAGGGAGAGAAGGGAGAUAAAGGGUCUGGUGGUACUCCUGGCAUGCCAGGCCCUAAGGGAUUCCAAGGACUGCCUGGCAGCAAUGGGCAGCCUGGUCAGGCGGGUCUUCCCGGGACACAUGGCCAGUCAGGUCCCAAAGGAGAUUCUGGAUUCCCAGGCACUCCUGGUCAACCUGGGCAGCCGGGUCCCAAGGGCUCCAUGGGAGAGAUGGGCUUACCAGGUCCUCCUGGUUCAAAGGGCAUUCCGGGCAACCCAGGUCUUCAGGGUUCCCCAGGAUCUCCUGGAUUCUCUGGCAUGAAAGGAGCUAAGGGCGAGUCUGCCCAGCCAGGCCAAGGAAUUCCUGGACCACCUGGCCUCAAGGGUGAUGUAGGGAGCCCUGGCUUCAAUGGACCACCUGGACAGAAAGGUUCCCCAGGAACUCCUGGCCUUCCUGGGCUUCCCGGCAAUCCGGGUUCAAAGGGAGAAUCUGGGCAGCCAGGAUUCCCAGGCAACCCAGGGCUUCCAGGUUCUAAAGGUCAAGAUGGAUUUCCCGGAGGACCAGGCCGUCCCGGAGGCCCUGGCUUGCCAGGAGAUGCAGGCCGCCCUGGAUUGCCUGGCCCGUCGGGAGAGAAGGGAUUUCCUGGAAAGGAUGGUAUUCCUGGCACGGCAGGACCUCGGGGAGACCCUGGUCCGCCUGGCAGGGGAGCUCCUGGUCCCCCGGGGAACCCCGGCUUCCCAGGUAUAAAGGGAGAUCCAGGCCGUCCCGGUGUGGGCGGGGUCCCUGGCUUCAGUGGCGCAAAGGGCGACCCUGGAGAAAAGGGGCCCAUGGGCAUCGAUGGACCCCCGGGUUCUCCUGGUCCUCCCGGGCGAACUGUAGAAGGGGUCAAGGGCAACUCGGGUCUCCCUGGACUUCCAGGCCUCCCAGGAAACCCUGGCUUCCCAGGCCAGCCUGGGUCCCCCGGGAUCGGCGGAAUCAAGGGGGAGCGUGGCAACCCAGGACUCCCCGGAAAUUCGGGCCAGUCCGGCUUGAAGGGGGAGAGUGGCUUUCCAGGACAACCCGGCAGCUUGGGGCGGCCAGGGUUCGAUGGCCCCAAGGGCGACCCGGGUCCUCAGGGUCCCCCGGGAUUCCCCGGUAUGAAGGGCUCUUCUGGCCUCCCAGGCAUCAACGGGGGCCCAGGAGAGAGGGGCUUCCCUGGGCCACCAGGUCCUGAAGGUCCUCCCGGCCCCCGGAGCCCCGUCUCGUACGUGAAGGGAGACCCGGGCCCGCCGGGCAACCCCGGUCUGCCCGGCCCACGUGGUCCUCCAGGACAGCCCGGCCAGCCCGGACUGCCAGGUUCUUCCGGUCAGUCGGGAGGACCAGGUGAGGACGGCCUUCCCGGAAGUGAUGGGCCCUCCGGAAGGAAGGGCCAGACUGGGCCGUCUGGUCGCACAGGCGAGCGAGGAUUCCCAGGCCCGCAGGGCACCGACGGAAUUCCCGGAAUCCCGGGACAGCCCGGCCCUCCCUCCAUGCCUCACGGGUUCAUGGUGACGCGCCACAGCCAGUCGGUGGAGGUGCCCACGUGUCCGUCGGGCCUCGUCAAGCUGUACGACGGCUACUCGCUGCUCUACGUGCAGGGCAACGAACGCUCACACGGCCAGGACCUCGGCACGGCGGGCAGCUGUCUGCGUCGCUUCAGCACGAUGCCCUUCAUGUUCUGCAACCUGAACAACGUCUGCAACUUCGCGUCACGCAACGACUACUCCUACUGGCUCUCCACGCCGCAGCCCAUGACCAUGAACAUGGCUCCUGUCCACGGCCAGGAGAUCCAACCUUUCAUCAGCAGAUGUGCGGUGUGCGAAGCGCCGGCGAUGGUGAUCGCUGUUCACAGCCAAUCCAUCGUGAUCCCCCCGUGUCCCAACGGAUGGGCCUCCAUUUGGAUCGGCUACUCGUUCAUGAUGCACACGAGUGCCGGUGCCGAGGGCUCGGGCCAGGCCCUGGCAUCGCCUGGCUCCUGCCUCGAGGAGUUCCGCUCAGCGCCCUUCAUCGAGUGCCACGGCCGCGGAACGUGCAACUACUACGCCAACUCCUACAGCUUCUGGCUCGCCACCGUCGAGAACCACGAAAUGUUCAAGAAGCCACAGUCGGAAACGCUCAAGGCUGGAGAGCUGCGUUCGAGGAUAAGCCGGUGCCAAGUCUGCAUGAGGAAGACAUAACGCUCCUUCCAAAGGGGGGGUGGGGGGGGGGUGAUUAUAACACAGCAAUGAUUUCACAAGGGUGCUCUCUGUGUAAAUGAUACAAACUCUAUGCAUAUUUUAUUGUGUGUACCUCAGGCGUCUUAUGUUGUGUAACGCAGGCCUUCCAACUCGGCAGCACAUCCGCCAGAGGUUUUCUGCUCCCCCCCCCCACCACCACCAUCACCAUCACCCCCCCCCCCCCCACCGAUGGGGAGACGGAACAGCUGCGUCCACGAUGCACUGCGCUUCACGCAAAGCACACGAGCACCCGUAGGAAUUUGCACGUGGAAUGCGCGGGGGCAGCCCGGGAGGUGUGUGUGUGCAAGAGUGAGCGUAAAGACACGGGGAAAUCUGUUCCGUGUUUGUUUUUUUUUAAGUUGUUUUAAACACGGGGGGGGGGGGAGGGGUGGAAAACUCCCUCCAGAUGUGCUGGCCACUUACUUCUGACGCAAGAUGAGCAUAUAAAGGGGAGAUGUUGGAGAGAAAAAAAAAGGACACGUCAGAAAAUCAACGUCUUUGAUCGUACGUGUACAUAUACACAUUUUAAUAUGUAUUGUACAUUACGUAUGUGUUUAUGUGCCGGUGUGUUUAUAUAUAUAAUAUAUAGCACACGAAACACAUCUGCACAUAAAACACAAAAUCAAUAAGCGGUCUUCAACGUGAAUGUCCUGUUAAUCGCUUUAAUCAUUUAUAAAAAAAAAAAGAACGCUUUGGUCAAGGAUUAUAUUUAAACCGUAGGACACUAUUUUGGUUUUGGGGUUUUCCUUCUCUAAUGUGCCACAUUUUUUUUAGGGAUUAAACAACAACAAAAACAACUCCCGCAGUGAAAGAGCUCCAGUGCACAUUUUUUACAUUAAAAAAUGCACCCUGGAGUUUUCUCAUUAGACGUUUAUUUUUUUAAAACCUUGGACAGUUUUUAAAAUGUGUUUUUAAAGCAAAAAAUGAGCUGCCACUCAAAAUGGAAAGAAUUAAAAGCCAUCUCUCUCUGAUAAAAAAAAAACAUUACACUUAAGACGACUCCUCAUUUUGUAAAAGUUUUGGAAGGUCUGGAUUGGCAAUUGCUAAGCUCCAAAAGACUGCUGUUAUAGAAAGGCUUGGCGCAUAUAAUAAUAUUAUUUUUUAUAUAAUGUGACUGAUCUUUAACUAUUCAUAUGGUGCUGUUGCAUAGAUUAAGCUACACAUGCCACACUCACAAACUGCAGAAGCCUUGUAUUAGUUCCUUCACUUACAAACAAAAUGACAACAACAAAAACUGGCCAGUGCAGUUUUAAGUGGAUUAUAUUACUUGAAUGCAUGUCGUAUUAAUCAUUUGAUUUCGUUUUUCCUUCUCUCUAAUGUCAGACCACUAAGUGUCUCCGCAAUUUGACGUACGCGAGCAGUUGACCUAACAACGAGCUGCUGCUGCUGCCGCUUGGCCGAUUGUGAUGCCCGCACAUCACCCGCCCCCCCGCCUCGGCCCCGGGGGGCAAUGCGUGCCAGGUUAGGUGCCGCGUCGAACACCGUGUUACCGGCGGCAAUGUAACGGCGCACCUUCGGCUAACGCCGACGUUACCCGACAACAACAACAAUGUUCGGGGGCUCGUAAGGCCACCGAACGGCGAGGGAUGACACGCUCUGCCCCCUCGCGAGCGACGCGACGAGUUAUGCCGACGUGGAGUUUGCCGAUUUCCACUCUCAAAUUCGCAAACGCCCCUUCCCCAUCAGCAAGCCGUGCUGUUGACUCCCCUGUCCUCGUUUUUCUCUGCCCGUGACUUGCCUGCAUCGUCUCUCUAUCUCUCUCUCUCUCCACGUCAAGUAAAUAUGUCUCGCGCUGGGCACGGAUGAACGCGGGUGACUUGAACAUCGUCCGUUCACGCGGCGCAACAACGAAUCGGAUGGCAUCCGCUAGAGAACUACGCUGCCCGGUCACUAGGUAGCUUGAGUGUGCUAGCAUUAGACAGAGAGUGCCAAAAUAGUGAAAUGUUGAUUGACCAAACCAUGAUUCCUCCUCACAGUAAUCAAAGCCAGCGAGCCAUGGGCUUCAUUGAUAGGCAGACAGUGUUACACCGCUUGUGAAGCUGUUUACAUGUUCACGAAUACGUCGCGAUAGUUGCCAAGUUUGUCCGCAACAUUCAGCUACAAAACACCUACUGGCAUUCGUAGUGAUGCACCUAUUUUGCCUUCACGUCAAUAUGUAAACAGACUGAUAGAAGUGUGUUACGAUUUGUUUUCGUAGAUUCUGCUCAUGACACGAUCAGUGUAAGUCCAGGGCUGCCAUGUUAAGCUUCGCUGCUUUAUUUGUAUUUUUGUUUCGAUACACUUGACUGUAUCUACUCACGCGCUCACUUUAUUGAUGAUGAAUACCGGAUGUUGAUUUUUUUUUGUUAAAUUAGAAUUUUCUCCAAUCACGACAGAAAAAAAACUGGCCUCACCGAAUGCAAAGUCAUCAUCGACCAGUAUCGUGAAGCCAUGGUUCUAUCCACUGCGGGAUGAGGGCCUCCCCAAGGUUCCGUCACCUCUCACGACCGUGCGAUGUUGCAAGUACUUACCGAACGCAACGGUCUCCGAUGUUGAAGAUUUAUGGCUGGACCGUGCCUUAUUUUCAGUGGAAUAUUCGACGGAACGUUCCUCUGAAAAUUUAGCCGAUAUAUAUUUGCUUAAGACAAAAACAAAAAUACAGCCCUUCGGGUUUGUAUUUUUGACAAUAAAAUCAAAUCGAGUUUAAAGCUCACCAAGGUUUAUUUGUUUUUGUUGCACGCCACUUGCAGCCACGUUUUCUUUUUGUCUGUGCGGUUUGGCGAGCGUCAUCAAUUCGUUCACGCGGUUCGCCGCAGUUUUGACACCGUGACAACUUCUCUCGGCAUCUCUCUCUCUCGCUGUCUGCGUGCGCGAUUGGGGAAAAGCAUUGCAAUCGGAGAGCCCUCACCCAUUGAUUUGCCGUUCCACGCGCGCCGCCAAGACCAAAGAUGCGGAACUGUUGAGUGGUUGCACGGAACUCGCGCAAAGCCGUUAUAGCAUCGUAUGUGGGCGAGACCGACUGUGUGUUGAGACUGUGCGUACAUGUGUGCGCGCGCGUCUGCGUGAUUUUCCCAUUGUUGAGUGGAAAUUUCCAGUUGACCUUUUCACGGGGACGGGGCUCGUAUUUUGACAAUAACAAUGCGAUGGGGUGGGAUGACACCUGGCACGUUGCCAACAGUGGCCACAGCUGAGAGUGACGGCGUGGCUCGCGUGAAUCGAUAGCUCAUUCAAAAAUUAUCGCGCCGUCACCGGCUUACUAUUUUUUAAAGAGGGGGGGGCGGGGGUUUUCUAGUGUAGGCGGUGAUGAAUGACAUUAGAGAGCUAUAUUUGGUGAAAGUGUGCAUUGGGAAUUGUCUUUUUGUUCAUUAAUGCCUUACAUACGAAUAUGUAUUAUGGGAUGGUGCUAACUUCUCAAAACGUUGGACCGGUAGCGAACUGGGGGUGCUACUGCGACGUGUUACGGGACGAAAACGGGCAACGAAACGUGCGUUUGUGUGUGUAUCAUUUUAGCGACUGUGUGAGAGAGCAUGGACAAGGUAGAGAAUUCCCGUGUCAGGUGGCGAGUGCUGAUUCUACAACAUCGGCAACAAAUGGCCUUCACAGUGGGUUAGGGCAGGCCGAGAGGUUUUUAUAACAUCGGUGUGGGUGCAUGGGUGGUGUGUGUGUGCGUGCGGGCAUCUCUAGGCAUGGCAUGCGUGCGUCAAAUAUUGCCUCGUGGCAGAUUGGCCGCAAAUGCUGCUGCUGCUGUUGCUGCUGCUGUUGUUGCUGCUGCUGUCCCCUCUGCGUGCUGUUCAACGCGCACGCGCAGGUAACGACAGCGUGCGGCAAGACGCAAAUAAAUACAGCGCAGUCACUCGCAUCAAGGACAAGCAUUGACAAUGUUUUGUUGAAACCCACGCGUCUCUCAUAUUCGAACGGCCCGUAACCUCGCUCGGCUCUUCCCGCCGUUAAUGCUGCAGUUUACUUAUCGCUGUUCCAUGGAGGGUACAGUCUUACCCGUGUUAAAGAGCAAUAAUAAUAUUAAUUAGGAGAAGGAUCAUCAUUUCAACUUGUCGGGUGCCGCCCAGUAUUCGCUCACUCUCUCGCAGAGAGCGAGGCGGCGACUCUGAGCUGCGAGGAAACCGCAGGCAAGCGGGUGAGUUGGUGAAAUUAAAAAAAACCCUCCAAGCUCUGCGGUUCUCUACGUAAUUGUACACGUGCAUGUUGAACUUUCCUUUCGCACCAUACGUAAGCCAACCAUGCUAAUCGGAGGUGCGCGGGAGACUGGCAACAGGCGAAACGCACGCACGCAUGCAAAAAAAAAGCAAUUGCCGCGUUGUUUCCUGCAAGGCAUAACUUGCUAGCUGCAGUUUCAGUGUAACGUGUUUAAAUCUCCCGCGUGAGCGCAAACGCACGCACGCUGGCAAACGUGCAAGUCGACGGCAUGUUAAUACGCGUUUGGCAAUCAUAUACUGCCCGACGAGUCGGUGCGUCCAUCGUUGCCAGACGCUCGUGUUUCCAACAUUCACGCGAGGGAAAUUGAUCGAUUUCUCGAGUCAACGUUGCGAGAAACCAGGCAAUUCUUUGAAGAACAAGCGUUGUUGGACAGGGGCUGUGAAAUCGUGAGCAGGCACGAUGGUGAUGCCGGGUAAGGGGUGCUAAGGUGAUUCAUCCAGGCCACAGCGAAUGGCUGCAAUAUUUGAUUAGCAUAAUUGACUGCCGAACGCGAAAGUUGAACAUAUGCAUGAACAUACAUAUGUUGCAUUUCUUUCCCACCGUACGUAGCCAACCAUGCAAAUCGGAGGUGCGGUGAAGGACAAAAAACCAAACACAUAAAACAUUUGUUGUAGAGAAAUUACUUUUUCAAUCUCGAUGUAAAGGUGCAUAGCUCCAGUGGCUUCCUAAUAUCGGAAGGAAGAGCGUUCCAGACGGCCGCAGAAGCGCAUCUGAAAGCGCGCGAUGAUGCGCUGAGCACAGUCUUUGUUCCAUGGCUAGCAAGAAGCCGCAAGAUGCAAACAGUCGGUGAAUGCCGCUGAAAUAGAGGUGGUAGGUCAGUUUUUCGAAUGUGAAAAUGUGUCCGUGUUGCGUGUGAAGGCACAGCUUGUCAGCUUUGCACAACGGUAACUUCUUCUGGGUUGAUGUGAGGUUUUUUUUCGUGCAGAAGCUCAUUUUAACCGUACAAUAAAAAAUUUAUGAACUGAAAAAAAAUCUAAACAGUAGCGUUUAUAACAUUUUAAGUCCGAAACGUUGGCGGCCAAAAUCAAUCUUACUACACACCCCACAUUAAAAUGUAUUACAUUUUUUUUUAAAUAGAUGGAGGUUUUGGUUAAUUUCAAAGAGAAGGAACAACUCCCACCGACAUAGUACGGUGUUCAUGUUUAAAAAUCCUGGAGUUAAGUUUAUAAAACAAUUGUAUUGCUAAUUAAGCCAAUCAACGGACUAAUUAAAAAAAAUCCAAGGGGGCUAUUCUGUAAGGCAUUGUCUUUUGCAGGUAAAACUAAACUUUUUUUUAAAAAUAGUAUUUCCCAAUGAUUUAAUCAUUCAUUUCUGCAAAGCUGAGUGGAGUACAAUAUUGCCCACGUGAUAUGCAUUCAUUGGUUAUAUAGAACCUUGCCGAACAACUGCUAGAGCUGCGUAGUUGAAUAGGGUGCAAAGAUGUCCACUGAUUCGCACAAUAAGAGAGUCUUGGCUUAAUUACCAAUAUGAAAAUGCUUCAGCAUUUUGGCUUUUUUAAUUAUUAAAUAUGGAUAUUUUUUUUCCUUUCGUAUGAGCGCCCAAGUGCCUUUUUGUGCAACAAAUUUCAAUCUUUUGUUUUUCGCACACACGACCUGCCUAUGGACCCAACAUGCAUACAUACCAUACGUAUAUAUAUCUGUAACGCACUGUUAAUCACUGCUGUCAAUCUGUCGCUACUAAUUAUAACAGUCGUGCCUGUUUAUACAAACCAAACAUCUUAUACUGUAUUGUGUAUUUAGAGUGAUUUUUAAAACCCCUGCACAAACCUUUUUUGUUAGUUUGUUUUUUGUUUUGUUAAAAGCUUUACAUAGGGCAAACAUUCAACACGUUUGGUAGAGAGAAGAACAGGCAAUCGCCCACUACUGAAGACAUUAAAUGUACCGGCACGUGGACCCCCCCAAGCGCUGAAUAAAUUUGGCGAGUACUUUGGAGAAUAUUAACUGUCUACAACACAUUAACAUUUGAUCACUUAGAAUGUGAUUCAGCCAUAAUAAUACGUGUUUAUCUUUAACAUAAAAAAACAUCAGGGCUUGUGUUUUUCCAAUAAUGCCGUUAGGUUGUAUAAAAGGGGGAGAGGAUUGCGGUAUUAGCGCUUCAAGUGCUUCGGGGAUUUGUGUGUUUAUGCAAAAGACUACAACGGGAAUGCUAAACCAGCAAACAAAAGUAUCUUUAACAAAUAUUAAUUGAAAUAUAUUUAAUUUCAUUUUCUUUUUACCCCUCCCCCAGGCUUGCAUAUGCAAUAUAUAUUUUGAGUCCUUGAUAUUUAUUACAUAAGCAAAAUGAAAUAAUUAAAUUGUUCAAUGAUAUACGUAUAAUUUUUCAUAACAAUAGUGAAACCAUUAUAGAAUUAGCUCAAUAAUCUUUGGCUCCAGUGUAUUCACGCGUGUCUGGGAAACCAGCUGCCUGAAAGAAAAUUUCCGCAUUUUAACAAAGUGCGAAAAUUGCUAAAAUUUUAACAACAAAAAACUUAUUUUGGGGGGUAUUUUUUACGUAAAAACCAUGCCCUGACCAGCUGUAUGCAAACAUGACCUUGUUUUGCUGUAAACAAAUUUGUCAAGGAAUAAAGGACCCUACACAGGA